ACCCCGCGUCGUGGACUCGCAGGUGCUCACAGACUGAACCACAGCAGCUGUUCGAGGUCGGAAAACGUUUCAGGGUGAGACAGUGAGCCGGACAGUGUCUUGACUUGGGCCAACAGCAGAAAUGGAGAACGGUUUGUCUUCACUCGGCGACUCCAAGCUGGAGCAGGACGUCCGGCAGUGGCUGCAGUAUGACCGGAAUCCCAAAACGGUGUCAAUGGUGCAGGACCUGGUGAAGAACAAAGCGGUGGAGGCUCUGAAGAAAUGUUUCGCCUCCAGGAUGGAGUUUGGCACAGCAGGACUGAGAGCUGCCAUGGGCCCCGGAAUAUCCUGCAUGAAUGACCUCACUAUCAUCCAGACCACGCAGGGUUUCUGCUGCUACCUGGAGCAGAGUUUUGGGAACCUCAAAGAGCGAGGGGUGGUGAUUGGGUUCGACGCUCGGGCCCACCCUCCCAGCGGGGGCAGCAGCAAGCGGUUCGCCAGCUUGGCUGCAGCUGUGUUCAUCAGCCGAGGGGUGCCUGUUCACCUCUUCUCUGACAUCACCCCUACACCUUUUGUGCCUUUCACAGUUUCUCACCUGGGUCUGUGUGCUGGUAUCAUGGUUACCGCCUCUCACAACCCCAAACAGGACAAUGGCUACAAGGUUUACUGGGAGAACGGUGCCCAGAUUGUGUCUCCUCAUGACAAAGGUAUCUCUAAAGCCAUUGAGGAGAACCUGGAGCCUUGGCCUGAGUCGUGGAACACAGAGGAGGCCCUGAAGAGCCCCUUGCUCAAAGACCCCUAUGAAGAUAUCAACAAACAAUACUUCAAAGCCAUCCAGAAACACUGUCAUCACAGGGAGAUAAACAAGAGUUCACAGGUGAAAAUUGUGCAUACAUCUGUGCACGGCGUUGGUCACACAUUUGUCCAGUCAGCGUUCAAGGCCUUUGAUCUUCAUCCUCCAUACGCUGUAGAGGAACAGAAAGACCCAGACCCGGAAUUUCCCACCGUCAAAUAUCCCAACCCUGAGGAGGGAGAGGGAGUCUUGACAUUGUCAUUUGCACUGGCAGAGAAGGAGGGGGCCUCAGUGGUGUUGGCCAAUGACCCCGAUGCUGAUCGGCUGGCCAUUGCUGAGAAGCAGGAGAGUGGACAGUGGCGAGUGUUCAGCGGUAACGAGUUGGGAGCGCUGCUCGGCUGGUGGAUAUUUCACUGCUGGAGGCAACAGAACCCCGAUGCUGCUGCUGUAAAAAACCUCUACAUGCUGUCGAGCACCGUCUCAUCCAAAAUACUGCGCGCCAUCGCUCUGAAGGAGGGCUUCCACUUUGAGGAGACGCUAACAGGGUUCAAGUGGAUGGGAAACAGAGCCAGAGACCUUUUGGACCAGGGCAAGACUGUUCUGUUUGCCUUUGAGGAAGCCAUAGGUUAUAUGUGUUGUUCUGCUGUAUUGGACAAGGAUGGAGUGAGUGCUGCAGCUAUAGCAGGAGAGAUGGUUUCCUAUCUGGCCACUAAAAGCACCAGUCUCUCCCAACAACUCACCACCAUCUAUAAAGAGUAUGGAUACCACAUCAGUAAGAACUCCUACUUUAUCUGCCAUGACCAAGAGGUGAUCCGCAGUCUGUUUGAGCGCCUUCGCAACCACGAAGGCCAGAAGGACUCAUAUCCAACUGAAUGUGGUCGUUUUUCCAUCUCUGCUGUACGAGACCUGACCACUGGCUAUGACAGCAACCAAGCAGAUAAAAAGGCGGUUCUUCCCACUUCCAAAUCCAGUCAGAUGAUUACCUUCACCUUCUCUAAUGGUGGUGUGGCCACCAUGAGGACCAGUGGCACAGAGCCAAAAAUCAAAUACUACACUGAACUCUGUGCUGCUCCUGGUAACAGUGAUGUGACGCACCUGAAGAAGGAACUGGAUGACUUGGUUGAUGCCAUCGUUGAAAACUUCUUUGAGCCAGAGAAGAAUAAACUGCAGCCGAAGCCAGAGUAGCACUGAUAGACAACAACAAUCAGGACAAGUUGUGACCAGCAUUUCACAUAAUGUCUUAAUUACUCAAAUACAUUCUUGGUUUAUUACAGGCUUGGGUUUGAUUUAUAACUACAUUAAUUGACAGUUUACUGCAUUGUUUUAAAAAAAUAUUAUUAUUUUGCCAGUGUGAUAAAGAUAACAUACUGUUUUCUACUAUAAUUUUUUUUUUUUUAAUAACAAUCUAACUUCCACUUUGACUUUGUUUAGUGACACAUCUGUUUUUGGAGUUGUAGUUAAAGCUCCAAAGCCCAUAUACCAUUCAGCAGUCUUAAUGCCUCACAGCUUCAUAUUUUGGAUUCAGUUUACCUCGGUGCUGGAAAUGUUAAACCACAACCGAAACGUUUUGGACCGAUCUACAUCCUCAGGCAUUCCUCUUUUCAGACUGUGGUGUUAGAUACACAGAUUACUGUACAUCACUGUUAUUAACUAUUAUGCAUUCCACACUGUGCUUCAGCAUCAACUGCACUGCUGCUAUUGUGAAGAGUUACAGGAGAGUGUAAAUGAGAACUGCUAGAACUGUUAUCAUAACUUUACUUGGAACCUAACUGUAUGCUGUAACCCAGUUGUUAAACUUUGAAUGUCUAAUAUCUUGGUUAAAAGGAAGGUAUAACAUGGGAAGUGACCGUAGAAAAUUUAAAGCUUUAAAUCAGUGCCUGUUAUGAGAAGAAAAAGAAAGGUCACUGCAGUUUGCUGGUGAGUAAAACGAUGAAGCCUAAAAGCUUAGAGCACCACCAUGUGGAGGCGUUGUGCAUUAAGUCAAUCCACCCACUGGUCAGUCCUUGAUGUGAAUAAAUGUUACAACUCAAAGGGACUUCUGACAACAUAGAGUUAAAAAUGAAAAUAACAUUUUGCUCAAAAAUAUGAGUGAAUUUAUUUUACUGACUGCUCUAGAGGUGCAUGUAUCAGCCUGCCAUUAUGUGUCUGGUAAUCCAAAAUACUGUACUGAAAACACAAUUUUACUCAAUAAAUACGACUGGUAACAUGGCACAAUACAAAA